AUGUUUAAAAUUGAAUCGUACAUCACACCCAUCAUCCUCAGUUACGUCGAGAAGUAUGUGAAAAACAUCCGUCCCGAGGAUUCCCAGGUGUCGCUAUGGGGCGGCGAGGUGGUGUUUCAAAAUCUGGACCUCAAGCUGGACGUGCUGGAGGAGGAACUGCAGUUGCCGUUCAACUUCCUGUCCGGUCAUAUCCACGAGCUGUCGAUCCGGGUUCCAUGGACGAAGAUUGCAUCGGAACCCAUAGUGAUCACGAUCAAUACGAUAGAGUUCGUUCUGAAGCUACGUGACAGCAAUGAUCGGAACGUGCCAAAGAGAGAGCCGCCCCGGCGGGGGAAAAGUGCGGAUGAAGCUCCGCCGCCCGGCUACAUGGCAUCGUUGAUAAGCAAAAUUGCCAACAAUAUCUCGAUCCGGUGCCACAAUGUAAUACUGAAGUACGUCGAGGAGGAUAUCGUGGUGUCGAUGAACAUUCAGCAGCUUUCGAUGGAGUCGGCCGAUGGAAGCUGGAAUCCGGCGUUCAUCGAUUUGUCCCCAACGAAGGUGUCGCUGCGGAAGCUUAUCAACGUAGUGGAUCUGACGAUCUGCCUAGACAAGCGUAACUCGGCGGGAAAAAUCGAAGUAUGCCAAGAACCGGUCUUGUAUCGUAGUACGCUACAGAUUCGAAUGCUUGUAAAGUACAGCGUAUCGUCGCAGGACCGAUCAUCCCUGACGCGCAUUGACGUACAUUCCAAGUUCCUCGACUUCAACGUAUCUUCACAGCAGUUCCCCAUGCUGAUGCGUUUGUUCGAUUUGGCGCUAGCGUUGAAGCAAGGGAAAAUAACAACAGGCCCAGCACAACCCACCGCCGACGGUGGGCAGGAUAUGGAGGAUGAGAGCGGGCAGGAAUCGCUCCUAUCCUGGGCCUGGAAUCUUCUACCGUCCUUCUUUCCGGAGGAAAACGAAAGCGACCAUUCUGAGGAACACGACUUCCGGGUGCUGCAUGCAGGUGUUUACAUCGAUCAGCUUCGGGUGAUCUUCAAAACGCAGGAACUGAUCGGCGAUGCCAUUGUGGGUUCGACAAAGAAAAUCAAGUACCGUCCAAUAUUGCGCUUUGAUUUUCACAACUUUUACGGCGAAAUGGUCGCAUGUGGUUUGAAGUGGUUCAACGUUACGCUCGGCAUCUCGCGGGUACAGAUACAAUCGCUGGAUGACUGUCCCUGUGGACAGCGCGUAACUGUGAAGGAAAUAUUCGACUCAACCGAAAACGAACCACAGAGCGAAUGUACUCAUCUAGAAACAUCGUUCUUCAGCGAAAAUGCCGGCGGGAACCGAAAGUAUAACGUCAACUGGAACCACCAUCUGAGCAGCUACAGCCAGGAGUAUUUACUCCAAAAGUCACCCGCCGUCGCGAUCGAUAUCAUACACGAGGUGCAGCUACCGGACGACCGGAGAACGUCGGAGUUCGGAAGUGAUUUGGAGUUUAGCAACCUGGCGGAAAAGUAUAUGAUACGAAUGUUUGUAGGCAAGUUUCGUGCGAAGCUGUGCGCGGAUACCAUCCAUCGUUUCAGAACGCUCGCGUCGUACAAGGACGUGUACGAGUAUCCAUCGUACUAUGAGGAGAAACCGUUGCCAACGCUUGCCCAACUUCCGCCGCCAUCGGCCGAGGACUAUGAGGCGCUCAUGCACGAAAUACCGCUUCGUCAGAUCCAUAUCACGCUGCAAAAUCCUACCAUUGAGUUACAUUCCUUCGAUCAUGCUCCGGUCGAUCUUUUCCACCGAAAGCAUAGCACCGGGAGCAUCGGUCCUCCGAAGCCGUCACUUACCGUCCAGCUAAACAGAGCGGAGUGCAACAUUCUUGCUCCACUGUACCCAAAUAGACUUGUGUAUACGACCUGCCAGCUCCCGGAACCACCGGCGAAACUUUUCGAUGCCUGCUACCAAUCGAUAUCGGGAAACUUGGAAAGACUUCAGGUAAAACUGCAUCGCUCCCGGAGCGAUACGGAUGCCGUUCCCUUCGCCACCGCAGUUAGUAUGAACUUCCAGCAACGGCUUCUAAUACAUCCCGAACUGUGGCCCAACCCGGAGCUGAACAAGAUGGAACAGAAUGUAACCGUAACGGAUCUGAAAGUUGUUUCCAAUCCUCUUCAAGGGUUCGCCUUCGGUUCGGUUGUGCAGUCGUUGGUUACGCAACAGGAUGUGCCUUCCAAUGACUUCGAUUCAUUGCCACAGUCGUCUCCUCCGACGAUCGACAUGCUACUCUCCUACGUCCACCUUCGGAAGGUCGAAGCGGAGCGAACGGAAUGUUACAAACUGAUCGCUCGCAGCUUCAAACUGCUCACCUACCAUGAAGCGGCGGCCGACGAGAAAUCACUCACCGCCCUCUGGCCCGACCAUUCGACCGAGGAAGACUUUCUGACGGUGAUAUUCCAGCUGCCAAAAGAUUUUAACGCCACCAUCGAACACCCUCCACUGCUCUACGCCAAACUGCUCGAUCUCAGCCUCAACGUUGACCCGAACUUCCUCGCAUUUCUGCAUCUCGCGCAGCUGGCCGCGGAAGCUAGGGAACGAAACGCAUCCCGCCAUCAUCCUGCGGGUGGCUUUUCCACGAAAUAUUCCGAUCGAGCGAUGCAGGCGAGUUUGCUGGCUUCGUCACGAAGUGCCGGCAAGAAGCAUUCCCUCGUCGCAACAUCCGUCCACUCGAGUUCGGAUAAGGCGGCGGGAAAAUUAGGCGGGCAGGUUGUACGAGGGCCUCCAUCUACGCUCGGUGUGGAUGAAGCGGACGCAAAGGAAAAUUCGCUGUUGACACCGGGAGUCCAUCGGAGUACGCGACCGAUCGACACGCAGUUUUGGGAAACGCUUGCCAAGCGGAUCAUAUUCCACCUGGAGGUGAGCCAUUUUACUGUGUGUUUGCCGGUCCGGAACAUCAUUUUUCACUCGAGCGAUUCGUUGGAGGAUGAAUUUGGUGAAAAUGAAAUAUUUAUGCUCAAACUUCCUUUGAUAACGGUGAAUUCCUCCUUCAAAUGCCAAACACUGACCGGUGCGAUCAGUCGCUUUCCGAUCAGCAUCGCCAAAUCCAUCUGGCCGGCGGAGAAAGAAAGCUUCCCGUGGACCAUCUCCCUUGCCAACGCGUCCAGCUGGACGUACCAGCACGGCGAGAUGAACAAACUGCUCGACGAAACGACGACCAACAUUUCGAUGGUGCUAAACUUCAAUCCGGAUUCCACUCCCUCGACGACCGUGCCCUCGUCGGUGUGCUUCCACGUCGACACGUCCCCGUUCCGGGUGACGAUGGUAAAGGAGCAGCUCGUGCUGAUGCGGGCCACACUGGAACGGCUCGCGCAACUACCGGCCUUCCAGUCGCGCCAGAGGAGCGCGGCGAGUGGCAAAUCCGAUUCCGCUGGCAAUCAAUUCUUGGAAAUAUCGCAACUGUCCGGUGGGAGCUCGCUGGCCGCGACGGACUUGAAAGAGUUCCUUGACCUGGGGCACAACUCUAGCGGUGGCUCGGAGGAAACGCUUAAGGGUAGUACGGUGCGGGCGGGUGGUGGUGGAACGAAGCGUGCAUUGCCUUCCCUCUGGUUGCAGUGGACGUUUUCGAAGUUAACCGUUAGCUGUAUCACGCGGGACGAGAGCCGCCAGGAGCGCACCAAGCUGACGGUUGAGUUCGAGGACAUAAUUUAUUCGCUCGAUCAACAGGAGGUGUAUUCGCAGGUGAAGGCUAAGGUGGGCGGCAUGAGUGGGACCUGUUACGAAUGGAAGCCGGCGACGGGUGGUUGGACACGUAAUGAAGCCCUUGCGAUCGCCGUACAGACGGGGGAAGCGAGUGAAUCGAGUAAAGCGACGGGAACGGAUACGUUCUUCAGCAUGACCAUCACCCGGGCGGAAACGCAGAAUGUUCACUCGAAGUGGGACACGGUGAGGAAGUCGCGCGAACACAACGACACCCUGGUGGAGGUGCUGAUCAAGAUGGAACAGGUCGAUCUACGGGCGGAUCUCGAUCUGCUUGGAGAAUGUUUGAAAAUGUUGCACGCUUUCCAAACUCCUCGCGUCGAACCGAUGGAUGUUCCAGAAUCGUCAGAAUUGGCAAACCCCAGCGAACCGGUGUUGGGUGUGAAAGACCUACCGUUGAUCCUGUUCGCCUGCAAGGGCAUUACCGUGUUCUUGCCACUCCGAUCGAACGGCUCGGAAGGAUCGAACGAUGACAUUUGUUCGGUUUACAUCCUCAAGGUGAACUCGAUCACUGUGCACCAUAACGUGGAGAAUCCGAUUUGCCGGGUGCCCCUCCGGCCGGACGUGUACACCAAGGCGGCUCAGAUGCGCAUCCUGAACGUUCCCGGUUCGAAGGUUGAGGAUCGUCAGUAUGAGUUGCUGCUUAAAGAGGUCUCCCUGUGCACGGCCAGCUGGCCUGAUGUGGCCAGUUUCUUGCGGGAGCAGCAAACAUCCAACACGCACCACGACAAUCCAGCGUUCGAGUGGAACAACCUCCAACAGGGUGCGCAGCGAUCGUCACACUUUGAGGUCGAAACGAUCUUUAAGGAGUUCAACUUCUCCGUAAUUUACGCACCUUGCAUCAUCUACAAGAACGUGCUGAUCUGUAGUCGGGCGGCGGAACUGAACUGCAUGUCGGACUUGCUGAUAGACGUGGAUCUAGGGCAGCUACGGCUGGCGGAACGUCUUUUACGGAAAGGUAACGAAAUUGGGGAAUUUUUGUUCCCCGCUCCUGUCGCAUCCCGCACAACGAGUGUCCUAACCAUGACGAGAAGCAACAGCAUGGUCGAAGCGAACAGUUCGCAACUAAUAUCCUCCAAUCCUCCGCCGAUCGCCGAAGACACGGGACGCGAAUCGGUAAAGUCUUCGUACCGCGAAUCCGUACCCUCAACCCGCAUCCGACGAAGUAAUUCCAAGUUGUCCAAGUUUGAAGAAGACUCUGGCCUCGAAUCAUUCCGCACGUCCGAUGGGAGACGACCCGUGUCGAGCAGUAGCCGUCGGAGUGGCACCCGACAGAGGAAAAUAUCUUCCCGAUCGUCAGAGAGCAACAUCCGGCUGCAGGGAAGGGGCACGGCAUCCUCAUCCCUGGGACAACCGAACCCAAUCGUCCCGUACGAAGUGUGCUUCCUCGGAGGCUACUUCAAGCUGAACCUCUACCAACGGAAUCGUCACAGCGGUCCAUCGGUGAGGGUUGUUCUUGCACAACCGAAUGCGCUCGUAUCGUUGAAUUUGCUUGAGCGCGUACUCCAGGUGUCCCUUUUCGACCUCACCGUGGAGGUGAGCGGUCUUCCGCUUGUUAAAACACUCACCGGCGAACCGGACGAACUAGGCAUCCCUCAACCGAUCGUAAAGACACGCUUCGUCAACAGUCUCACGAAGAAAAGCCGAGAUCUUCGCGUUGACUUUAAACGACCGAUCAAGUUUACCAUCUCUCCUGCGAAAACGCGCCAACUGAUCGAACUGAUGGGAGUGCUGGGAGAUGUUUUCACACCCUCUCCGGGUGGUUCCGCCCUGCCCAAAGUUCCUCCAAACCCUCCCCCGAAGCCCGUUCUCAGUAGGAAUAAGUUCAAGCUGAUCAAGUCACACCUGUUUGAUGUGGAAAAGAUACAGAUUGGACUUUCUCAGGUGAUGGUACACCUGCUGGACGAGGACAGCGUGAAUGGCGCACCUCGGUACUCUUUGAAACUAUCACUUGCCUCCGUCCAGUCCUCGAUACGGAUACAGGAGCGUCCGGAGCGGAUCUUGUUCGGGCUGGAUCUGGCCGAGCUGGUGCUCAGCAGUGGAACGUUUGUCAUACUGCAUCCGUUCUCCUGCAAGCUACAGCUAACCCUUGCCCAGGAGUACUGGAAGCGGGAUCCUCUGGUGCAGAUAAAACUGCAAUCGUCUUAUCUCCAGCUCGAUUUAAGUCCACAUCUAUUCGCACAACUGGCGCUCGUACGGAAGGAGAUGUUGGUGGCGUUGGAAGGGGACGGUGGUCGGCGCAGCCGGAACUCCCUGGAAACGCUACGCAGCGGUGAGCACCAUAUGACACCGAGCCGGGAACUUUUAAUACCGAUCGUACCGCCCCGUUUCGAACGAAAGCGAACGAAGGAAAUGCAGGAAGAAUACUAUCAGGAUGAUUUGAGGGCGGGCGCAUUCCAGUUCAUCGAAUCCAUGAAAAUCAACGAGCUUCCACUGCCGUAUCAGAUCAAAAUAAUUAACCGCGAAGUUGGUGUGAUCUGCUGGCGAUACCCACAACCGAGGGCACUGCACCAAGUGAUCGUUUAUCCGGUCCCAAUGAACACAACCAAAUCGGUCAACAUUCAGUGCAAGCUAGAACACUAUUCGGAAAUCAAUGGUUCGUUCGUGGAGGUGUGUCAGUUUACGCUUUCCGAGAACGAGAAAACGUUCCUCCGUUUACCGCAGCGUCGGAUCGCUUCGCCCAUCUGGCGGAUAGUAAUGACGCAGAAUGUUGUGUACGAGGAGGGUACGGCCCGAUCUCGCCCGAACAACGGUGACAACGAGCCCGACGAGGACGACCAUGAUAGCAGGGAAGGAUCCGAUUACGAUGACGAUGCACGCGGAGGAGCAGGAAGACGUGGUCGAACGUUGCUGACCAGCAUCGCCGAUGUGCUAACGGACAGUUCCUACCUGCCCGGGCAACGUGUCGUGAGUUUACCGUACCGGUUGCAUCCGAAGAUUUUCGUUGCCUGCAUGCGCGUCGAUUCGAUGUUUAGCGCUGCCCUUGUACCGAAUAUCGAUGCUACCAUCGAACUCAAGCCGGUCCAGGUGAACCUCUUCAAUACGAGUGCCAGGCAGAAGAAAGCGAUGGCGCUGCAGCUUCCGAAACCCUUCGAGCGCUAUCGACUUUGCCGGGAGACGGCCGACUUUGGGACGCACAAGUUCCUCACGCUGAACGCUCACCGGUUGCGGGCGCAGUGUUCAAUCUUCGACAGCUUGGACAUGUUCGUGGGUGCUGAGUUGAACCUGCAGUGUGAGUUGCUCGAUUACAAUCACUUCACGUUCGAAACGGCGCUGGAUGUGAGCAACAUAAAGGCGUACGGCUGGAUCGGGGAACGAUCGCUCGAGUUGAAAACCAUCUCGGACGACAUUGCCGUGCGGUAUGGUCCCUCGAUAGGGUACAAUCUUUCGGUGGCGGAGAGAAUAUGGAACCAAAGCCAGGAGGAGGAUGCGACCGUCGUGCUUUACAGCAAGUAUAUUGUAUGCAAUCGCACGCAGGUUGGACUGAAGUUUGGCCAAACGGACACGUCCGAGAUGAUCUUCCUCGGACCGAACGAACUUUGUCUCUACGCUUUCCGGAGUUGUCGGCAACGGCAACAGCUGCAGUUGUAUCUCACCGAGGGAAGGGCACAAGUGGCAACGGAACCAUUCGACGUGUCGACCGAAGGCCUACAGCAGGUGCUCGUGCAAUCGAUCUACGAGGAAGACAUGGAGGAAGAAAAACUCCUGCUAGUGCGUGUGGAAUGCUUGUCCACGGCCGGCAGCAACACACAGCGUGCCAUCACGAUCGAGGGACAGAUCAGCUUCUUCAACAUGACCUUGCAGCGGCUAAAGUUUCAGUAUCGCCACUACAAACCUGCCCCGUCCGGAGAGCGGAACUACACGACCACCGGCUUUCUAGUUCCGGCCGGAGAAAGUGCGAACCUGUUCUCGCCGGCGAACAACAAAUCCCAGCAGAGCAUAAACAUCGCUAUCGAGGGGGAGGAAGGUGGCCGGGCCGGUUGGUCCGGUGAUGUGCCACUGCGGGAAAUCAUGAACGGUGGUAGCAUGCCGUAUCUGGUGAAGAUUCCAACCACAUCGAUCAAUCGCGAGGGCUACCUCAGCUAUUGGGUGAGGAUCGUGCGCGAGAAGCUGGCCGACAGUCGGUCGAAUGCGGUCGGAGGAGCCGGUGGGGAAGUGUUGGAACGUGUGCUAGUCAUCGUGUGGCCAUUGUUUAUGGUCGAAUCGUUGUUGACCGUUAACACAACGGCGUACGAAGAAAAGAUUGACCAAUCGUUCUCCAUCUUCGGGCAAGGCCAACGGCGGCAGCUGAACGUCGCCGGCACCUACUCGGACGAUCACGAACUUUCUUUCCGCAUGGACUUUAACUCCCCGCACGGCGAGGACAAACGGAAAGCGCUCCUCUCCUAUCGGUUGAUCGAUGGGAAAACGUUUUUCCAGGUUCCGGCCCGCUUCCGAAGCAUCGAAAACGUCCUCGCGGCGCUUCGAGCCAGCCAGCGGCCCACGAGCUGGCCGUGCGCGCGUGAAGAAGAGCUACGCUGCCGACGGGAAAACUCCAUCCAAGAGGCCACCUUCCCGUUGUACCACUGUUCGGCGGCAUACGAAAUGUCCUGCUGCCUGAUGCUAAACAUUGCCCCGUGGGCGCUUUUCAUCAACCAGUUAGGCUGUGAGGUGCGGUUGAAAAAUGGUUCCACCAACGACAGCAACAUUAUCGCACCGAACAGUAUCGUAAUGCCGUUCCACGUCGAGGUGGGUUUCACACUGGAAAUGAACGUUGGACUUGGGCAGUCGAUGCAGACGGAGAUGAUCUACAUCAAUGGGGCGGACACGAGAAGGCAGUCGCCGGGUGGUGGUGCCGUACUGCCACUGGAAGGCUCGAUCGAUAUCAGUAUAAGGACGGAAAGUGGGAUCAUGAAUCUGACCCUAACGUCCCUAACGGAGAAUAAGGUUCGGGUGUUCAUCCUGGCAUCGCAAUUUGUCGUCACCAAUUACUCGUGUAUCGAUCUGCACUGUUGGUCCUUCGCGCUGCCGGCCAACGAGCGCCUCGACCAGUUCAAGCUAAGCAACUCCGGCCCUCACAGCUGCUGCUACAGUCUUCCAAAGAAUGAUGUAAAGUGUGAAAACCCGAAGGGAAGCGUGAUAACUAUGCUGAACAAUGUGUCGCAGCGAAAGGGGAAGCUGAAACCGAGCGCCAACUUCAACCACUACCUCACCGUGUAUCGGCGGCGCGAACAGGGCAGCGAUUUUUCCGCCCCCAUCUACCUGAACCGGCCGAUCUCGCGGAAAUCGUUCAGCGUCCCGUACGGCGACCGGCACGUGCCACUGUCGCUCUCGAUCGUAGCGCACCAGAGUCAGCUGCACGUGUCCCUCUUCGACGACCCCUGCCCAUCGUAUGCCAUCGAGAACCGGACCGAUUUCAGUAUGUACGUUGCCCAAUCGGACACGGUGCAGCCGCACAAGGCAGCUACGGCCGUUCCGGAAACGGUGGAGGCAAACUUUGUCUGGUAUCAGACGGUCGGGUCGCGUCAAACCGUGCUCUACACACCACCCGGGCUGGACGAACAGUUUCCCGAACCGCAGGAAACGGAACUGGCGCUUAUAUUUGCGUGCGUCAGCGGAAGUGCCAUCCGAUGGUCGCAUCCGGUGAAGGUGGAUGAGAAUAAGAGCAUUUUCUUGAACAUUCCACUGUAUGGUGAUUUGAAGCUGGCGGUGCGAGUACGAAACCGCACGACCGAACUGGUCAUCGAUUACAUUAGUCAGGAUCAGGAGUUUUCCGCAAAAGACAUACGUACGCGUCUAUCAAAUCCGGUUCGUGCGGAUCCGGAAACGACCGGUACCAGAGGGCAGCACGGCGGGAACGUUUCCGAUGGACAGACCGUACCAUCGGGAUGGUCCGGAGCUCACCCGUCGGAACCGGUGAAAAGACUCCACGUGCAAAGCUUCUUCCGGUCGCUCAUGGUGACACUAUUCAACGACCAGCCAAAGCAAGGUUGUCUCAAGCGGGACAUAAUUUCGUUCAAUUUCGAACGCAUCGGCGUGCGGUUGGAGCGGAACCCUGAGCACGCCAGCAAGACAACGCUGCACUGCGUCAACGUGCAGGUCGAUAACGAGUUGCACUCGAGCGGAGAGUACGACUUUCCGGUCGUUCUUUGCAGCGAAGAUCACGAGGCGAAGCAACGGAAACUUUUCGCAACCCUACCGAACCACUACCGGUUGGAGGAUCAUCUCGAUCAGCUGGCCCGUAGCGCCUUGUGUACGUUCGAGUGCGAUCUGUCCGACGAGCAGUGGACGAGCGUCGAUGCGGUUCGAGUGCGCAUCAAUCCCAUCCGUGCGUACAUCGAGGACACGUACAUUAACGUGCUGCUCGACUACCUGAUGGAGUGUCUGCCAACGGGCAUGCUGUACAACGAGGCGGACGAACAGAGGGCACCGGUUCGGGUGCGCUGUGAACCAGGUGAAGCUUUAAUUCCCCGGAUGGUGGUGCAGCAAGCGUCCUACCUUGCGGAACCACUCAAGUAUCGGUGUAUCCGUAUCGAACCACUGGCUGUGCUGCUGUCGGUGCAUGCCUGCAUGCGCCUUUACAUCGCGCUCGAUCACAGUCCGCUCGAGUUUGCAGCCUUCGAACGGCGCUCGGUUCGUUCCCUUCCGAUUAAGUUCGGUAAUGCCGUCGGUAUGCACUACCUUUCCGGGGCAAUCUUCGGUGGAGGGUGGGUCAUCGGGUCGCUGGAAAUUCUCGGCAGUCCGAGUGGGUUGGCACGGUCGGUAACGAGUGGUUUGCGUGACUUCGUGUCCCUCCCGGUGCAGGGGCUUUUCCGCGGUCCAUGGGGAUUCCUGGUGGGCGUUACGCAAGGGUCAGCCUCGUUGAUACGGAACAUUACUGCCGGAACGGUCAACUCGGUGACGAAGUUAGCCCAAUCGGUGUCGCGCAAUCUGGACCGGUUGACACUGGACUCGGAGCAUGUGCAAAGAACGGACGCACUACGACGCCGCCGUCCACAGGGAAUGACGGAUGGUUUCACGCAAGGACUGACGGGAUUGGGCAUCAGUUUGCUUGGAGCCGUCGGUGGUCUGGCGCACCAUCCACUACAAGCGACAAACCCCAUCGGUGUGGUAACCGGCAUGGGAAAGGGCAUCGUGGGAGCAUUCACCAAACCAAUCAGUGGUGCCGCGGAACUGGUCGCCCUAACCGGGCAAGGAAUGCUCCAGAGUGUCGGCUACAAUACACUCCCCACGCCGAAACUCUCCCGUAAGCCUUUGCAACGACUCGAACCGAUCCCGCACAAAGCACUUUGGGAACCGCAGGCCGUUUGCGAGGGAUCGCUGCUCUUCACCGUGCAAGCAACCCACGCCCUCCAUGGUGAAUACCGGCUCGUUCUGGUGGCGAUCUACAGCAAGGCGCUUGUCCUCUACGACGUACACGAGUGCGCCCUGCUGGAGGUACUCGACCUAAAAACGGUAUUUUUCGACACCGACGAUGGUGCCGAUGCGACGCGCUUGGUCAUCCGUAUCCGUCCGAAACUGCCACCACCACCGAUCGGGUACGAUCAGUAUCCGAUCUCCAGCCGGACGUACGAUUUUGUGCGCGAUUCGACGAUGCAACUUCCUCGCCUCACUGGUGCCGCUUCCCUGCAGCCGUACUACGGUGGGAAAACACCCGGCAAGACCAAUAACAACGCUUCACUGCGGCACCCGAUGAAUGAAACAAUCAGUCCAUCGAACGCACAGCCAAGCCGGGUACGUGCUGCCCUCAACUCGGAGCAGGAUGAAACCGGUGUACCGUCGUCGCUGAUGGCCGGCGGUGUAGAACCGCUCAUUGACGCGCACCGCUCGGUGGUGUUGGACAUCGAAUCGAGCAACGGGGAAGGCGAGGAGAUGGCAGUGGUGAGUCCACACGACGAUACCGGUUCCACCGGGGGCCAUCACGAGGCGGACGAACACGAUGACGACGAAGGGGUCGACGAUGAGGAUGGCGACGGGAGGUUUUCGAUGGAUGAUCGAUCAUCGAAAGAUGGUGACAGCGAGCGGAAGUUGGUCAUCUUCAUGGACGAAAACCUAGCUCCCCACCUCGUGACGUACGUGAACCUGCUAAAGCGCACGUCCGAAAGCCAACCGAUCGCGGUGGCAGGUGACGGGCGGACCGGAGAGGAAAGCAUUGCCUUUCCUCCGUUCGAAGUUUGAACGGAAGUUCCUUUGUUUCGGUAUAACUGAUACCGCGUUUUUUUUCCUUUCUUGUGCAAUCGAUUUAGCUAAGUCGGUAGAAUAAAAUUCGAAAAUUGGUUUCUUAGGUUGAGCGAUAUAAAUUAUAGUUAGUUUGUAGAAAUCCGUAUCCGUAUGGUAAACCAAAUUUACCUGAAUAAA